AUGACUGCCAUCUUGGGAAAGGUAGCAUUCCACAUACUCUACGGAGAUAGAAAGAAGAAAAUCACCCAGUUUCUUCGCACUACCACACCUGACUCCGUUCUUUCAGACCUGCACACCAGCCUCGUAGGGAAAGGAAUCACCUCCAUCACACCGCAAGCCGUCUUCUACGCGUCUAGCAUUAGGGACUCACCCCAGGAGCAGCCUUACUGGACGAAAAAGAGUUUCCAAAACCACCUUGCCAGAACCCAUCCGGACACCACCAUCCCAGACACAGCGAUUAAUGUCCUGUGGACUUGCUUCUACUUCUACGCCUAUCACCCGUUCCCACUCCCUGGUGCGGGCGACAGGAAGCUGGAGCUGCCAGCCUUUGAGCGUGGGUUUAUCCUGCUGUCUCUCCAAGGCACAAGGCUCCUCGGAAUCGUAGAGGAUGAUUUCGGUCAUUGCUGGGGGCGGGUCGAGGAUACUUGUAGCUGCCGGUUUAGGAUUAAUCGAAUCUUCCGAAGCCUCAGCCUGGUCAAUUGUCAGUCCAGCUCAGAUCCACAAGUCGCUGGUUUUGACACAUUCAUCACCGACGAUGUGAUAGAUGUCAUACUUACGAUAUUCCCUUCCCAUCCUAAACUGCAUCCAUCCCUGGAGCAGCUGAAGCCGCUGGCGGAACGUUUGCUCCAGAGGAGAACAGACCAAUAUCAGAUGAAGGUCAGCGACUUGGCUACUUUACUCUGCCUGAUAAUGAGGCUAAGGGUCUAUCAACCGACCUGGGACCGGGGCUUUCAUUACGGCUCCUUCGAGGAAUCCAGUCCGGAGAAGGAAGAGUUCGCUAAUAUCCUGGCCCAAUCUUUCUGUCUUGACGACGACGACGAGUACCUGGCCCCCGACUCAGUGCUCCGUGCUUUAGAUAUCCUGCCAAAUCUAGAGCAAUGGUUUCAUCAGCUAUGGGCAACCCUUUUUCAACCUUGCACGUCCACGGGGAUACCAAACUUAGAAACCGAAUCAUCACCAGACACCACUAUGGCCGGGAUUCUUCGAGCAGUAUCAUUGUUUAUCCCUCCGUUCCAGGCCCAUAAAAGAACUGAAUUGGCAAGAAAAGUCAAGUUGAUUACAUUUCAAAAAUGCUAUGACUCGAUAUCCCAGAGCUUGACAGACAGCCUUGAUCUUGGCCAUAUACUUGGGCAAAUUUUCCACGGCGAUCCGGACCGUCGGUCGCACCUUGUUCUUUUCCUGGGACACCAAGCUCAGGACUCGAAAAGGGUAGUUGUGGGGGCAUUCUUCCCUAUCUGUACGCAGAACCCUGCUGCAAAAGAGGGAAAGGAGCCCGAAAAGAUAUGUAAAUCAAGAAUUGCCCUUCCACAACUUCUAUUCCAGCUUCAACCAAGCUUCAGUCUUUUUCGAUGGAACGGAGAGGGCAGCAUGUCUUCGUCUCAAGCAUACGACAGUGCUACAGGGUAUACCGGCCACCCUAACUGCAUAGGGGAUCUCAAUAGAUCGAAGGUGGGAGUGGAGAUUGACUCCGUCACAAGACAGGCUACCUUUCUGCGAGGCACAGAUACCGCCAAUCGGAUGCCAGGCGGGUAUGAAGAGGUAACUAGGAAGCAUGACGGGGCUGAGAACAUUCAUGAGGAUCAGCAAGAGCGAAAAACAGACUUUACAGUGACCCGUAUUGCCAUAUUGAACGUGGAAGGUGGGCCCAAUUACGAUUAUCCUUGGUGA